AUGAGUCGCCUGAGCGGUGCUGGUCAUCUGCGGCGUGUCGAUUCGAAGUGCAAACAGCCGCGGGUCACUCACAGCAGUACUCGGCGAGUUAAUGUCCGCAAACAAAUCUUAAAAGCCUGCGACGGCGGUUUAAUCACUUCCGUCGAGCGACGCGUCGACGGAAUAAAUAGCCACGGUCCAGCUGCAUCAGACCCACAUCCUGUGAUGCUCGGACUCCUCCUAGCGCUCCUUCCAGCCGUCUGCUCCGGCGCCUCAGUUCUCACUUCCAGAGAUGUGAGUCUUUAUUCAUUGUAACUCUAUCACACAUCGCCUAUCUAAUCCAUUCUCUGAUUUUGCCCUCACUUGGUGCUGGUUGAAAAAACCUUUUGAAGUUAAAUUAACAGAUCCCUCAAAGUUCCAAUGAAAAAAGUUUGACAGGUAUUUGAACCAAGAUUUUAUCUCAUCGUACUGUAUGCGCCAGAAGCUUUUAUCAUCAAUAUUUUAAUAUUUUUUUUGAAAAAUGAAAAAGAAAAAAAGCUAUUCUAUUCGUCCAGAUGUUUGCAGGUGGUUAACAAGAACACGGUAGAGUUCGAGACGACUCUAGAGGCGAGCGACUUCGACAACGACCUCCACUCGCGCUUCCAGCUGCACAACCUAGGUCUGUACCACUCAUAAUCACUAGAGGGAAACCUUGGCCUCAGGCAUCAAAGUGAAGGACGACCCGACGAUGGGCAAUUACAGCGAAGGCGACAUUGCACUCGAGAGUCCAAAAAAGUUUGCCGAGGACAACAACCAACUUUCGCGCAACGCCAUCCGACAAGCCUACAGGUGUGUUCGAUCUUCUUCAGAAAUCAUUUUUCCUCACAGACGCUGGCCGAACGCCGAGAUUCCUUACACGCUGUCUUCUCAAUAUGGCGCCUACGCUCGCUCUGUCAUCGCCAACGCCAUGAAGGUACUGCUCAAACUUGCUGAGUACUCUCUGAACGUCCUCUAGGAGUAUCACACAAAAACAUGCGUGAAAUUCGUUGCCCGUGACCCAGCCCGUCACCCUGACUACCUCUACAUCCAUCCCGACGACGGUUGCUACAGCCUUGUCGGAAAGUCGGUUCUUCUCAGAAACUCCCUAGUUUCAACUCAUCUCGCAGAACUGGCGGGAAACAACCGGUUUCACUCGACUCGGGCUGCAUCCAAGUCGGCACGAUCGUCCACGAACUCAUGCACGCUGUCGGCUUCUUUCACGAACAGAGCAGGUACAUAGCCUCCGAGAAAGGAAUUGCCAUCCAAUGAACCGACAGACAAGACCGCGACAGCUUCGUCGAAAUAGUCUGGAGGAACGUGGUCAACGGCGCUGAUGACCAGUUCGAAAAGUACAACCUGAACGUGAUUUCGCAUCUCGAUGAACCUUACGACUUCUCCUCCAUCAUGCAUUACGGUCCUUAUGCGUUUAGCGGCUCCGGCAAAAAGACGAUCGUUCCGCGACAGGUGAUCUCUUCAAAAUAAGGUUAAUUCAUAAUGAACCGAUUUCUUCCACCUAAAGUUGCCACUUUUUUUUUUCAAGAAAUCAAUUUUCAAUGUUUUCGUCUUUCGUCUUUCAUUUUAUUAUCAGUGUGCUGAAGCAGAAGACAGUUUUUUCCCAUUAAUUAAGUUUUUCGUGCUCUAGAAAGGUAAUUUUCAGUAUUUUAUGAGUAAGCUGCUCUUUUUCCACUCGAAACCGGAAUGAUUGAAGGGAGGCGCAGAACGGAUGGGUCAACGGGUGGCCUUCUCCAACAUCGACGUGCGCAAGAUCAACAAACUCUACCAGUGCAACAACAACAACAACAACAACAAAAACAACAACAAUAAUAAUAACCAGCAAAUCAGCACAAAUCAAAUAACUUCUGUGAGUUUUCCCGUGACAUCAGCUUAAUACUAAUAUAUUAGUUUGCUCGUUUUUGAGUUUUCUUUUUUCUCCCCUUUAUAGGAGCAACGGACAAGAUAACAACGUGAAUUCUUGGUUUGCAGCAGCAGCAGCCUCAGGUGUCCAAAGUCGCCACUAACCGUCGAAUUAUGAUCUUCGGCUGA